CCCCCUCCAUGCCAUCUCAGAGGAAGCGAAGACGACGAGCUCAAGAGCGAUCGUUGAUGGAUCGACCGCCCAGCACCCCGAAAGCAAUCUUUGCUUCCAUUCUUUCCUUCUACCUGCCGAUGCCGACGCCGCAACCCGUGUGCCUCUCCACGCCGCUACAAAUGGCCCCUCUCCCCAGGAUUCACCCACCACUUGGGCGGCGUAGGAGGCGGUGGGAAGAUGAUGGAGUCCGGAGUCCCUCUCUGCAGCACCUGCGGCGAGCCCGUGGGGUUGUCAUCUGCGGACAAGGAGGAGGUCUUUGUGGCUUGCCAGGGUUGCAACUACCCUCUUUGCUCCGCCUGCCUCGAGGAUGAGGUCAGGGAGGGGCGCGAGAGCUGCCUUCGCUGUGGGGAGCCUUACGUUCGCAACGUGACGGAAAAGGCGACUGAGGAGAGCAGCAAUCACGAGGCUUCAGGUGUGAGAUUGAGAACCGCAGGCCAUGUCCAUGAUCACCAGGAAAAUGGAGGUCAUGUUAGAAACUCGAGUAGUCUCUCCAUGGUUGAAAGUGAGGUAAAUGGUGAAUCUGGGAACCCAUUAUGGAAAAACAGAGUGGACAGUUGGAUGGAGAAAAAGAGUAAGAAAAAAACUUCAAAGAAGGCCGAGAAAGCUCAAAUUCCAGUAGAACAGCAGAUGGAAGACCAAGAGUCUCCAGAAGCUGGACAGCCACUUUCAAGGAUCAUUCCACUAUCACCUAAUAAGUUGACUCCAUAUAGAGCUGUGAUCAUAAUGAGAUUGAUAGUUCUUGGGCUUUUCUUCAAUUACAGAGUAACCAAUCCUGUUGAUAGUGCUUAUGGGCUAUGGCUAACAUCGGUCAUAUGCGAGAUUUGGUUUGCAGUCUCUUGGGUAUUGGAUCAAUUCCCCAAAUGGUCACCUAUCAAUAGACAGACGUAUAUUGACAGGCUAUCUGCAAGAUAUGAAAAGGAAGGAGAAGAGUCACAUCUGGCUCCUGUAGACUUUUUUGUCAGUACUGUUGAUCCCCUAAAAGAACCACCAUUGAUUACUGGCAACACCGUGCUUUCAAUUCUUUCUGUGGACUACCCUGUUGAGAAAGUUUCUUGCUAUGUAUCUGAUGAUGGAUCCUCGAUGCUUACUUUUGAAUCUCUUGUUGAAACUGCGGAGUUUGCUAGAAAAUGGGUUCCAUUCUGUAAGAAAUAUUCAAUCGAACCACGGACACCUGAGUUCUAUUUUUCUCAGAAGAUUGAUUAUUUGAAAGAUAAAAUACAGCCAUCUUUUGUCAAGGAGCGGAGAGCAAUGAAAAGAGACUAUGAAGAAUACAAGGUGAGAAUAAAUGCUUUGGUUGCCAAGGCUCAGAAAACACCUGAAGAGGGCUGGAUCAUGCAAGAUGGAACACCAUGGCCAGGAAAUAAUCCACGAGACCACCCUGGCAUGAUUCAGGUUUUCCUCGGACAUAGUGGUGCCCAUGACAUAGAAGGAAAUGAACUUCCUCGAUUAGUUUAUGUUUCAAGAGAGAAGAGACCUGGAUACCAGCAUCAUAAAAAAGCUGGGGCCAUGAAUGCUCUGGUUCGGGUCUCUGCAAUUCUUACAAAUGCUCCCUACAUUCUUAACCUUGAUUGUGAUCACUAUGUUAAUAACAGCAAAGCAGUCCGUGAAGCAAUGUGUUUCAUGAUGGACCCAGAAGUUUGUAGAGAUGUCUGUUAUGUUCAAUUCCCUCAGAGAUUUGAUGGUAUAGAUCGGAGUGAUCGAUAUGCAAAUAGGAAUAUUGUCUUCUUUGAUGUAAACAUGAAAGGGCUUGACGGCAUCCAAGGACCAGUAUAUGUGGGAACUGGGUGUGUUUUCAAUAGGCAAGCGAUGUAUGGGUAUGGACCACCAUCUUUGCCAGUCUUGCCGAAGUCCUCAUUUUGUUCUUCAUUCUGCUGCUGUUGCCGCCGUUCUAAAAAAGCUCCUGAUGACCAAAAUGAUGUUUAUCGAGAUGCCAGGCGUGAAGACCUCGAUUCUGCCAUAUUUAACCUAAAAGAAAUCAACAAUUAUGAUGAAUAUGAAAGGUCCCAAUUGAUCUCCCAAACGAGUUUCGAGAAGACCUUUGGGCAGUCUUCAGUUUUUAUCGAGUCGACUUUAAUGGAGUAUGGAGGAGUGCCUGAAUCUGCAAAUCCAUCAACUUUGAUCAAUGAAGCAAUUCAUGUCAUUAGCUGUGGAUAUGAGGAGAAAACACACUGGGGAAAGGAGAUUGGCUGGAUAUAUGGAUCUGUCACGGAAGAUAUUUUAACAGGUUUCAAAAUGCACUGCCGUGGCUGGAGGUCAAUUUACUGCAUGCCUUCAAGGCCUGCUUUCAAAGGAUCUGCUCCAAUCAACCUCUCUGAUCGUUUGCAUCAGGUUCUUCGUUGGGCUCUUGGCUCUGUUGAGAUCUUCCUUAGCCGACAUUGCCCGCUUUGGUAUGGAUACGGAGGUGGCCGUCUUAAAUGGCUUCAAAGAUUGGCUUAUAUAAACACCAUUGUCUAUCCAUUUACAUCACUUCCACUUAUUGCUUACUGCUCGUUACCAGCCAUUUGUCUUCUUACUGGGAAGUUUAUCAUUCCUACGCUUUCCAACAUUGCAAGUGUCUGGUUUCUUGGUCUAUUCAUAUCCAUCAUCUUGACGAGUGUUCUUGAGCUGCGAUGGAGUGGUGUGGGUAUCGAGGACUGGUGGCGUAAUGAGCAGUUCUGGGUGAUUGGAGGUGUCUCUGCACAUCUCUUUGCUGUUUUCCAAGGAUUUCUAAAGAUGCUGGCGGGCAUCGACACCAACUUCACUGUAACUGCCAAGGCUACUGAUGAUACCGACUUUGGUGAGCUCUAUGUGUUCAAGUGGACAACUGUAUUGAUACCUCCAACAACCAUUCUAGUCGUCAACUUUGUCGGUGUGGUUGCUGGAUUUUCUGACGCACUGAACAACGGUUAUGAAUCCUGGGGCCCACUUUUUGGGAAAGUAUUCUUUGCACUGUGGGUGAUCCUCCAUCUGUAUCCAUUCCUGAAAGGUCUCAUGGGGAGGCAGAACCGAACACCGACCAUUGUGGUGCUGUGGUCAGUGCUAUUGGCUUCAGUUUUCUCGCUUUUGUGGGUGAAGAUUGAUCCAUUCAUAAGCAACUCGGCUGCUGCUAAGUCUGAGAAUUGUGCUUCCAUCAACUGCUAAGCUUGUUUCCAGAAAGGAUGGAUCUAUAACGAUGAUCAAGGAUGCAUGCAACCUUAAAAUUUGUCUUUCUUUUUGAAUACUAUCAAUAAUGAGUACUAAAAAAAGCUCUGUAAUGUAUCACUGAAACAGGAGGUGGACUCUAUUGUGUUAAAAUGUG